UCAUUCUUGCUUAGUUUGCUUUCACUAGGGUUCCGUUUCUGUUUGAAUCUAUAUAUUAUUGUUUCGGUGCUCCUGAAUUAUUCUCAGUCACACAUAGUCACGCAUGCAAUACAAACAUCUCUUUACACGGUUUUUAUAAAGGUGCUGUACUGCUUAACUCUGUUUUAGAAACAUAUUUUUAGCUCUAAUUUUUUUUUUAUGCAUUCGAAUAGCUCAGAUCUAUUGUCGUUUUGGAUUUUUCUGCCGUUUUUAUGUUUGAUAUAUUCCUUUACUUGUGGUAACUGUUGAUGCUCAGGCGUUUCGCUUGUAACGCAAGCGGCUCUGGUAAAAGCGAAAUGGCUUCUGAAUCGGAAAAUGUCGAAUGGAACGGUAUUUCUAAGCUGCAAACGGCGGUGACUGAAAUCGAGAUGAAUGUCGAUUUUGCUGCAGAUAUGUCUCCACCCAUUGAGACCCCAAACAAGGUUCUCAACUCUCAUCAUUCCCAACAUCCACCUCUUAAUGAGAGGAUUAUUUCAUCCAUGACCAGGAGAUCUGUUGCUGCACACCCUUGGCAUGAUCUUGAGAUAGGACCUGAAGCUCCCAAGAUCUUCAACUGUGUGGUAGAAAUUGGGAAAGGCAGCAAGGUGAAAUAUGAACUUGACAAAAAAACUGGACUUAUUAUGGUUGAUCGUGUACUUUACUCUUCAGUUGUGUAUCCUCACAACUAUGGAUUUAUUCCACGAACUAUUUGUGAGGACAGUGACCCCUUGGACGUCUUGGUUAUCAUGCAGGAGCCAGUUCUUCCAGGUUGCUUUCUUCGGGCCAAAGCUAUUGGACUCAUGCCUAUGAUUGAUCAGGGUGAGAAAGAUGACAAGAUAAUCGCUGUCUGUGCUGAUGAUCCUGAGUAUAGGCAUUACAAUGAUAUCAAGGAGCUUCCUCCACAUCGUUUAGCUGAAAUCCGUCGUUUUUUUGAAGACUACAAGAAGAAUGAGAACAAGGAAGUUGCAGUAAACGACUUUCUUCCUGCCUCAACUGCCUAUGAAGCGAUCGAGCAUUCCAUGUCCUUGUAUGCGGACUACAUCGUUGAAAGCUUGAGGCGGUAGUAUUGAUGCAUGGGAUUUUGUCUGGUCGUGAAGACAUGUUUUGAAAGGCUGCCGUUUUAUAAUUACGAUUGUGACGAAAAAAAGGCUUUGUAAUCCUAUCGCAUGUACAUUGGUUCCAGAACUGACAACACAUGCAUAUUCUACACAUUUGUGCUUAAUUUUGAGUGUUGAACGAUACUUUCAUUUACUAAUAUCAAAGUCAGU